AUGGAGCCCUUCCAGGUGCGCCUCAACUGCGUGGAUCACUACCAGGCGACCGCAUCAGAUCUCGACCCUCCCCUGCCGUACAGGGAUGGGACCCCCGGGAAGAAUGACAGAUCGAAAGUCCCCGUAAUUAGGAUAUUUGGUGCGACCGAGACGGGUCAGAAGGUGUGCGUCCAUGUGCAUGGCGCGUUUCCUUAUCUGUAUGUCGAGUAUGACGGCGACUUGGAUCCCGAGAAAGUGAGCUCCGCUAUCAAGAGUCUCCGUCUCUCGAUCGAUCAGGCGCUGGCAGUGAGCUACAACCGCAACGAACAUGCUAAGAAGAUCCCCUUCGUUGCGCACAUCACUCUCGUGAAGGGGGUUCCUUUCUAUGGAUACCAUGUGGGCUAUAAGUUCUACUUCAAGAUCUACCUUAUGAAUCCAAUUUACAUGACCAGACUGGCGGAUUUGUUGCUCCAAGGAGCCGUGCUGAAACGCCCUCUGCAACCAUACGAAAGCCAUCUGCAAUUCAUUCCGCAGUGGAUGUGUGACUACAGCCUGUACGGGUGCGCUUACAUGAAAUGCAGCAAAGUCAAGUUCCGCACUCCGGUCCCGGAAUACUUCGAACUCACUGAUUUGUCUCAUCGCUGGCACGAUCGAUCAAUCUCGCCGGAGGAUUUGGUAGACGAGACAUUUCUUCCGAAGCAAAGCCAUUCUUUGCUGGAAGCCGAUGUCUGCGUCCAGGACAUAUUGAACCGCUCAGAAAUCAGCGAAAGGUCCAUUCAUCAUGAUUUCGCUGAGUCUCUGCACCCGAUGGCCUCCGAUGAACGGCUUGUUCCAAGUAUGGCGGGACUUUGGCUGGACGAGACACGCAGGCGGAAGAAGCGUCUCGGACUCGAACCGGGAAGUAGUCCCUUUGACCCUCAAGAAUUAGUUUCUUUGUCGGUUGAUCCGAGGAACCUCUCGAAAGGAGGCUGGAUCCAUGAAGAUGAAUACCGUCAGAUGACCGAGGAAACUGUCGACGAGGAGAAACGCGAAUAUGGCGGAGGGAGUAUCAGUCACGAUGACAUACUGUCGCAGAAACCCUUUGCAGAGGAGGUAAAGACUGCGAUGGAAAGUGUCGAAGACUUCUACCCGGAUAAGAACGAGAUUUCAAGAUUUGAACAACAGAGCAACCCCGCAGAAACAGCUGAGGGCAUGGAAGUAAAUGCGAGUGAAACUACAGCCAGGGCUGGGCCUGAUGGCGAUCCUUAUAUAUCCGACGACGACGACAUUCCUGACAUCUUUUCCGAGGAGAGCAGCGUCAAAGAAGAUGUGAGCGAAGUGGAAGAGGAUCAGGAUGAUGAUAUUGUCGAUUUGAUCCAGCUCGGUAUUGAUAGCGACCCUCAGCUCAAAGACCUUAGCCGUAACAACUUGAUUCUCAAACACAAUCCUGGUUUGGACGAGUUGGAUAUACAUGGCGAUCAGUCUAUCUAUCCUGUCUCGCGAAAGCGGAAAAGGUAUUUCGAUGAGACUCCGUCGCAAAGGUUAGAUAGUCCAGGACAGCAUCUGAGAGCCGGAGCUGUUCAAGUCAACGAAACGGACAAAGCUCAAAAUGCUGAAGACCGAUUUGAUGGCGCAAAGGGUGUUUCUUCCCAAGGAAAGCCAUCUGAAUCAGCUGUACGUCCCAGAGGGAAUGACAAUGGGAGACUUAAUUUCCCCGUGGUCAAAGACCCCAAUGAUCCUAUGACUAGGUUGCGCUUCAGUCAGGAUGGUGGGUCUUCUAAGGAAAUGCAGAAAGUCGAGGGCAAUUCAAACGCAGUCUCGUUUCUGUACAAUGGUUCAUCACAACUAAAGUCAUCAUCUCCCGUCACGAAGUCUGAUAUCCCAUAUACACUGGCCACAGAAAUAGCGUCAAAUAUCUAUGCGGCCUUUAACCUGCCCGUGAACACUCGCAUUGCCUUCCUACAAACGUCUUGUCCUAGCCCUGACGAGGUCUCUACAACACUUCAUAACUACGGCUACCCGUCUGUCGUGUAUCAGAAAGCCCAUUACAGUGUCGAGAGCGAUGUGCCAGAUCGGCGAAGGGACUAUGCAGGUAAAGACUUUCGCCUAGAGGGCAGUGGCAUACACUUCCUUCCCGAAUUCGACCCGUCCGGCUGUUCCCCAGCAAUGGUAGGCGAACAACCCGUGAUACCAAGAGACAAGAGUGACCAGGAGGCCAUCGACCAGCUCCUGCGGGAGUCCUGCACGUCCAGAAAAUGGGAGUACGCCCCCGUGCCCCCCAGCCGCGCAGAAGUUGUGAAAUGGUUAGAAGAGAGACAAGCAGAGGAAAAAUCCAACAUCUCGCAGCCAAAGGAAACACGCCCCAACGUUCUGUCGCAGAUCGAGGGCCCGACUCAACAGAAUGAAUAUGGUGUCGAGCACCAGACUCAUUACAUGAGCAUAAUGAGCCUCGAGCUGCACGUGAACACUCGCGGUGCGCUGUCACCGAAUCCCGAGGAAGACGAGAUCUCCUGUGACCUUGACGCCAAUGGAGAAGACGACAGGCCAGAUAUCAAGGUCUCCAAGGCCCUAAGAAUCGAGUGGGAGUACGAAACGACCGAACUCGACUUGAUCAACCGAGUGGUGGACCUCGUCCGUUGGCACGACCCAGACAUCAUCACCGGCUAUGAGGUCCACAGCAGCUCCUGGGGCUACCUGAUUGAGCGAGCCAGGAAGAAGUAUGACUUCGACAUCUGUGACGAACUGUCCCGAGUGAAGUCGCAAGCCCACGGACGGUUCGGCAAGGAUGCUGACCGAUGGGGCUUCAACCACACAUCCUCCAUCCGGGUGACCGGGCGACACAUGAUCAACAUCUGGCGAGCCAUGCGAAGCGAGCUAAAUCUACUUCAAUACACGAUGGAGAACGUCGUCUUCCACCUCCUCCACCGGCGUGUCCCGCACUACUCAUAUCAAGACCUCACAACAUGGUACCGGAGCGGCCAACCUCGCCACAUCUUAAAGGUAGUCGAAUACUUCGUUUCACGGGUGCAAAUGGACCUCGAGAUCCUGGAAUCGAACGAGCUGAUCCCCCGGACCAGCGAGCAAGCCCGACUGCUCGGCAUCGACUUCUUCUCCGUAUUCUCCCGCGGCUCCCAAUUCAAACCGGAAAACUUCAUGCUCGUCUCCCCGAGCAAGAAACAAGUCGGCCAGCAGAACGCCCUGGAAUGUCUGCCGCUCGUCAUGGAGCCCCAAAGCGACUUCUACACCAGCCCCGUCCUGGUCCUGGACUUCCAAUCCCUCUACCCCAGCAUCAUGAUCGCCUACAACUACUGCUACUCGACCUUCCUCGGACGCGCGCACCAAUGGCGUGGCCGCAACAAAAUGGGCUUCACCGACUACAAGCGGCAGCCACGGAUGCUCGAGCUCCUCCACGACCAGAUUAACAUCGCCCCCAACGGCAUGAUCUACGCCAAACCUUCGGUGCGCAAAUCGCUGCUAGCCAAAAUGCUCGCGGAGAUCCUCGAGACCCGCGUGAUGGUGAAGAACGGGAUGAAAAUCGACAAAGACGACAAAACCCUGCACCGGCUCCUCAACAACCGGCAACUCGCCCUCAAACUCAUCGCCAACGUCACCUACGGCUACACCUCCGCCUCCUUCUCGGGCCGGAUGCCCUGCUCCGAAAUCGCCGACAGCAUCGUGCAAUCGGGGCGGGAAACGCUCGAAAAAGCCAUCGCCCACAUCCACUCCAACCCGGACUGGAACGCCGAAGUCGUCUACGGCGACACCGACAGCCUCUUCAUCCACCUGAAAGGCCGCACGCGGUCCGAAGCCUUCACCAUCGGCGAAGAGAUCUCCGCGUCCAUCACAUCCAUCAACCCCCACCCCGUGAAGCUCAAAUUCGAAAAAGUCUACCACCCGUGCGUGCUGCUCUCCAAAAAACGCUACGUCGGCUUCAAAUACGAACACGCCUCCCAAACGACCCCCGACUUCGACGCAAAGGGCAUCGAGACCGUCCGCCGCGACGGCACGCCCGCCGAGCAAAAGAUCGAAGAAAAAGCCCUCAAGCUCCUCUUCCGCACCGCCGACCUCAGCCAAGUCAAAUCCUACUUCCAGUCUCAAUGCACCAAGAUCAUGCAGGGGCGCGUCUCCAUCCAGGACUUCUGCUUCGCGCGCGAAGUCCGUCUAGGCACAUACAGCAAUAGCGACCGCGCCCUCCCUCCCGCCGGCGCGCUCAUCAGCGCCAGGAAAAUGGUCAACGAUCCCCGCUCGGAACCGCAGUACGGGGAGCGAGUCCCCUACGUUGUGGUUACCGGCGCCCCCGGCGCAAGGCUGAUCGACCGCUGCGUGGCGCCCGAAACCCUCCUCCAUGAUGUCCACCUCUCCCUCGACGCAGACUACUACAUCACUAAGAACUUGAUCCCCCCGCUCGAACGCAUCUUCAAUCUCGUCGGCGCCAACGUCAGACAGUGGUAUGAUGAGAUGCCAAAGGUUCAACGUAUUCGGCGCGUCGAAGGCGCUCUCCCUACUACCACCUCUACCAUAACCACCACCACCACCACAAACCCUUCAUCCACAACAACCACCACAACCCUACCCACCGCCCCGAAAAAAACCCUCGAAUCCUACCUCAAAUCACUCACCUGCCUCAUCUGCAAAUCGCCAAUGUCUCGCCAGCGCGCAGCCGAGAAGCGUGUCGCGGACGUGCACCAGGUAUGUCGGUCCUGCAUGGGGGCGUCGUUCGGGGAGGAGGUGCGGUGCGAUAGUAAGGACUGUCCGGUUUUCUAUUCGCGGGUGCGGGAUGAGGCGGGGUGGAGGCAUACGAGGGCGGUUUUGGGGCCUGUGGUGGGGGUGUUGCAGGCUAGGGAGAGGGAGUUGGAGUGGUAG